AUGACGGUUCACUCUUUUCACAUUUUCGAUCGAAGGGGUAAGACCCUGUUCACCAAGAGAUACAUUAAAAACUACGGCGUUCACGAGGAUGAUGAGCAACUAUCAGAACAACGCAAGCUAGUCUUUGGAAUGCUCUUUUCGUUGCGCGAACUUUCCAGUAGUCUGAGUCCCUCAACCGCUGAACCUGGAGAAUUGAAAAUGGUUAAAACUGGAGCUUCUGCUUUGUACAAUUAUGAGACUGUUUCAGGUUUGAGAUUUGUCGUCUAUACCACUCCCGAAACUGCCUAUACGACCAAUGAUACUGCCGCUCAAUCCCCAGCCAAUUCGGCCAAGGAGACCAAGGUCAGCGAAGGCCAAACCAGUCCAGCCGUCACGGGGAAAAUUCGGGCAGCUUUGAAGCACAUUUACGAACAUAUCUGGGUGACCUUUGUCAUUCGAUCACCAAUGUAUCAGCCAAGCAAUCCAAAUAUCUCGGCCACCAACUUUGAAGCAUCUUUGGAUAGUUAUCUCAAGGAAAUGCCGUGGUUCCGCUAA